AUGACCAUCUCGACCUGUUACGCCACCACCACCACGACUCGGAGUCAUUCACAACUAUUCACAACAAGUCCUUCAAGAACUGUCCACUCUCCAUUGACAAUGAAGAUUCUUUUCAUGUCUCUUCUUCUUGUCAUAUUCUUGUUUUUCAUUUCUCCUUCCAAUGUGAUUCAUUGCAUCUCAACAUCCCUUCGUCGUCAACAGGAUGAUCAUCAACAUGACAUUCGGAAAUUAAAUAAUAAUUAUUAUUUUGAAAAUUUACAACAAGACAAUAACUCGUACAGCGUAUCUCAGCGAAAUUUUGGACGAUUUCACCAAUGUGUCAAUUACUCUUCGAUGGCUUUCUUUUUGCCUUGUUUGAGUUGUGGUGACAAAAUACCUGACAAUUUUGCAUGUCUUGAAUUGAUAUUUCCAGAAAAAGUUGAAAGAUCGAUCGAAUGGAAUUGGAAUUCUCGAAAUGAGUUCAUGUAUCGAAGCUUUUCCACGAGUGGCGAAAAUAGAAAUAUAUGUUCGAGAGUGAGAAAAUGGGAGCAGGUUUCGAAAUUGAAUUGUCAUGACGUGCUGUGUCAAUCGAAAGAUAUUAUUGACCUCGCAUUGAAAAUUUCGAAUGGAGAGACCACUAUUUUCGAUUGGUUCAACUAUUGUAAAUAUUGCUCAAAAGAUUACAUAUUUGACUUGAAGACAUGCCAUUUCAAUGACGACCGAUUUGUCGAUCUUCGAAAUAAUUUUCCAAAUUUAUUAUUGACAUGUGGAGCCACAGAGUUGGGAAUUCCCAUUCUCGUCAAUUCGAACACCACUGGCACAAUAUAUGGUCAAACGUAUGAAACCAUUUGUUACUGCACAGAGAGCGACUUUUUUGGAUAUUCUUGUUGGUAUACUGCAAAACAGAGAACAUAUUACGAUUUUUUGAGCUAUUUAGGUCUCUCUCUACAUGCCAUUAAUUUUAUUUCCAUUUUCUUUAUUUCCUUUAUUCCAAAAUUUAUUUAUUCUCUUCGAUUGAGGAGAUGGAGAAAUAUCGCAACCAUGUCAUUGGUACUCUUGUGUGAAGCAUCCUCCAUUGCAGGUUAUAUUACCUUAAUUGUUGGAAAUUCAAAUUUAUUUAUUGCAUUGGAAUAUUGUUCGCUCUGUAUUGGAUAUUUCAGUUUAAUUGCUUGGAUCAAAUUUUGGUUUCAUUUGGUGAGAUUUGUGAAAUCGAAAAAGUAUAAGAGCACUUGGUGCAGUGGAAUUUGCUUGUUGAUUGUUUUUUUGAUAUUUUUGGCUUUAAUGUUAUUAUGGCCAAUUCUUUCCAUGGUGAUUCGGAUGCAAAUUCCAACAGAAUUUGUUGUGGCGAUGAAUUUUGUGCUAUUGUUGUCCAUUUUAAUUGCCAUUCUUACUUAUAUUGGACUCUCUUGUUAUAUUUAUUUUGUCAUGCGAAAAGUAUCAGAUAUUGAUCUAUUCCAAACAUGGUUCCUUCGAUUUGUCUUCUUUUCGUCUGCCAUCAUCACCAUUAUGGGCGUCAUUCACAUUUGUAUGAUUUUAUUCGAUUUUGCGUAUCAAGAUCCAACAACUGGAACUUUAUUCUUUGUAGCUCAUGUUUUACUUAUCAUUUUGAUGGUUGGAGUUUCAUAUAUGGAAUUUGAAAAGAGUGAAUUUUUGGAAGUUUAUUCAUGUUUGUGUGCUUAUUGCAGAAAGAAAAAUUCGUAUUUGAGCAUCCUGUCAGAAGUCAACAGUGAAGUGAAUAUUGCAAGUGCGACUGUCAAUGAAGAAGAACAAACCAUCCAUCAGAACGAGGAUGCACAACAAAUAUUGAAAAAAGAUCCAACUGUUUGA